GCACAGUUGUACGAUAUCUGAACCAACGUUCUUCAUAUUUCAGUUCAUAUUUGUGCUGCGCAAGUCCAUUGACUUUUCUCAUUUUUACAGUUGCACAAGCCAAAAUAAUAGCGAUUAUGAUGAUUAAUAAUGCCACGUCGCAUUCAGAAGUGGAGAUAACUUUGACCCAAUGGCGUGAAAGUCUGAGUCUCAGACCUUUGAUCCAAGGAAAGGGUGAACAGCUUUGUUUUCAGUCCACCACAGCCAAUGCUGAACUUCUCAUGGAUGUUGUGGUACCUGCUUCAGUAGCUUGACUGCUGUGUCCGACCUAACAUGUCUGGAAAGUCAUGGAUCCAGGCUACCUUUUACAAGAGGGAAUGUGUGAGGUUUUUGCCAGCAUCACGGGACCAUCACAGGUGUCCUCCAGUUUGCCAUGUUUGCCAAAACCUAGUCAGGUGCUGCUGCGGGAGGCUGAUCGGGGAGCAUGCGGAACUGGAGUCCAAUUCUCGGGUGCUGCCCGCCUCAGCUGAUGAGGAAACAUGGUCAGUGGCCCAGCACACGAGGGCGAGCCCCACCGACGCCUUCGGCUCCAUCGACUUCCAGGGCAGCACCAAGCGGUCUUGCCGCGCCAAGUAUGUGCGUCUGUCCUGUGACGCUAAGGCGGACCAGCUGCUGUGUCUGAUGCUCAGAGAGUGGAACAUGGUUCAGCCCAAGCUGGUCAUAUCAGUGCACGGGGGGACAGAGAACUUCCCUCUACCCCCAAGAGUGGGACAGGCCUUCAGCAAGGGCCUCGUCAGAGCUGCCGAGACCACAGGCGCCUGGAUCCUCACGGACGGCUUCAAUACAGGAGUAUCCAUGUAUGUUGGAGAUGCUGUAAAGGUCUAUGGUACCCACGAGCGGCGGAAGAGAAACAUCAUUGGGGUCACACCAUGGGGGCUAAUUGAGAAUCACAGUGAUCUCAUAGGACGAGGUGUUCUGCGGCACUACCAGACGCUAGGGAAUCCACUGAGUAAGCGCUCCAGUCUCAACGGCCUGCACUCACACUUCCUCUUAGUGGAUGAUGGAACUCUGGGGAAAUCAGGAGGCCAGUUGGAGCUAAGGAGGAACCUGGAAAGGCACAUCCAUCGACAGAGGAUCCACCCCAGACUGGCCCAGAGAGUUCCCGUGGUCUGUGUAGUGGUAGAGGGGGGUCCUCCUGUGCUCUCCACAGUGCUGGACUAUGUGAGCAGGUCUCCUCCUGUACCCGUUAUUGUGUUUGAAGGCACCGGCCGGGCUGCGGACCUGCUAGCUCUGAUACACAAGCAGACUGCUGUGGACAGGAAGCUGGACACGGAUAUUAAGGAGGAUUUCCUGCUACGCAUUCAGGGUGUAUUCAGUGUGGCGAGGUCGGAGGCCUCUCGGCUCUUCAGCCUGCUCACAGAGUGCAUGGAGCACAGGGAUGCGAUCACCAUUUUUGACUCUGAAUCUGAGGAUCAUCUGGAAGCAGAUGUGGCCAUUUUGAAAGCUUCACUAAAAGGCACACCGGCAGAGCAAUUAAAUGUAACCUUGGCCUGGGACAGGGCUGACAUUGCUCAGCAACACAUACUGGUCUAUGGACAGCACUGGAAGGUGGGAGCCCUGGAGCAGGCCAUGCUCAAUGCCCUGAAGAUGGACCAUGUCAGCUUUGUGAAGCUGCUCAUUGAAAACGGCAUGACCCUGAAACAUUUCCUUACCGUGUCGCGUCUGGAGGAGCUCUAUAACACACAGCAAGGUUCCUCAGAUUAUUUCUUGCGUCACAUCGUUGAGGAUGCCAAAAAGUCUCGUGUUCCUGUGGGAUAUAAAAUCUCUCUGAUUGACGUUGGUAUGGUGAUUGAGCACUUGAUUGGAGGAGCUUAUCGAAGCACGUACAGACGCAAGAGCUUCAGAACUGUGUACAACCGAAUUAAUACUGCACUCAAGGAAGGCCGUCCGGAGAGAUCAGACUCCUUGACCAGGUCCAGAACGACUGCCAUUGACUCUGCAGAGACUACUCUACCACGCUCCCACUUCUUCCGGACUGCAGAACCUUACAGACGCAAGGAGAGACCGUCUGUGCCUCAUGACCCAGAGCUAGAGGCCACAGCAGAACUGGGCGAUUCCUCUCUGUUCAUAUACAGCGUCAACGACUUGUUUGUCUGGGCGGUGCUGAAGCGCCGCCAGCAGAUGGCUCUUUUCUUGUGGCAUCACGGCGAGCAGGCCAUGGCCAGGGCUGUAGUGGCCUGCAGGCUCUACCGUGCCAUGGCCAUUGAAGCCAAGGAGAGCGAUAUGGGUGACAGCACCGCUGAGGAACUGAAGAAAUAUUCACUAGAGUUUGGUCAGCUAGCCGUGGAUCUUCUGGACAAAGCCUUCAAGGAGAACGAGCGUAUGGCCAUGAAGCUGCUGACUUCAGAGAUGACAGACUGGAGUGACUUCACGUGUCUCCAGAUGGCAGUGGCCUCAGGUCUUAGGCCCUUCUUGGCCCAUUCCUGUACCCAGAUGCUCCUCAGCGACCUGUGGAUGGGCCGCCUUAACAUGAGGAAGAACACCUGGCUUAAGACUGCUCAGAUCAUUGUGAGCAUCCUGCUACCUGCAACCAUCCAGUUUUUGGAGUUUAAGAGCCAGGCUGAGAUGUCCCAUGUGCCUCAGACACAGGAGGCCCUGCAGUUCGGGAGGGACACGGAGAGCCCAGGGGCUGCAGAAAGUGGAAGUGCAGCACAAGCAGAUCAGGGCAAUGCAGAGACAGGGAAGACUGGCACAAGCCGCAGGUCAAACCUUACUGCACGGUGGCUACCGUGGGCCAGGAAGGUCUACGACUUCUACAAUGCACCUGUUGUCAAAUUCUGGUUCCACACUAUGACCUACCUGCCGUUUCUCAUGCUCUACACCUACACAGUCUUGGUGAGGAUGGAGAGGUACCCCAGUUUUCCAGAGUGGUUCAUCAUUGCAUACAUCUCGUCUACAGCUGCAGAGAAAGUUCGAGAGGUGUUGCUGUCUGAGCCGAGAAGGUUCCAAAAAAAGCUGAAAGUGUGGUUCAGUGAAUAUUGGAACGUCCAUGACUUUGUCGCCAUUCUCCUGUUCUUCACUGGUUUGGCCCUCCGCUGGCAGACGGGUGUGGUCCACACAGCUGGACGCAUCAUCUACUGCCUGGACAUCAUCUUCUGGUUUGUCCGUGUUCUGGACCUGCUAGCCAUUAACCAAAAAGCUGGACCCUACUUGACCAUGAUCACCAAGAUGAUGAGCAACAUGUUCUACAUUGUGACCAUAAUGGGCAUUGUGCUGGUGAGUUUUGGCACCCCUAGGGGUUCCAUCCUGAAGCCCUACGAGGAUCCCUCCUGGGGCCUGCUGAAGGAUGUGCUCUUCCAGCCCUACUUCAUGAUGUUUGGAGAAGUUUAUGCUGGAGAGAUCAACCCCUGUGAAGAAAACCCAGACUGUCCUCCAGGUUCUUUCCUCAAUCCGUUGCUGCAGGCGGUCUACCUGUUCAUGCAGUACAUCAUCAUGGUCAACCUCCUUAUUGCCUUCUACAACAACGUUUACAUCCACAUGAAGAAUAUAUCCCAUCAGCUGUGGAAGUACAACCGCCACCGUUACAUCAUGACCUAUCAGAAGAAGCCAUGGCUGCCUCCCCCUCUGAUCCUCUUCAGUCACAUGACCUUGUGUGUCAGCACAGUGUGGCAUUGGCGCAAAGGGGUGUCUGGACAGGAGAGCGACUUGGGCCUUAAGUUGUUCUUGGCUCCUGAUGAUAGGAAGAAACUGCAUGAGUUUGAGGAGAAGUGUGUGGCUGGCUAUUUCCGCAAUAAACAUGAAAGCCAAAACUGCAGCCAGAUCAACCGGAUUCGUUCCACUGCUGACAAGGCAGAGGAGAUGAUGGGCACAUUGUCAGAGGUGGCAGAGAAGGUCCAGUUCAUACAGGAGAGCCUCCAGAUGCUGGACGGUCACCUGGGUCAGCUGCAGGACAUGUCUGCACAAGCUGUGGACACCCUCAACCUCCUCUCAGCAACUGACAACAGGCAACAAGAGGCUGUCCUGCUUGGCCACAGCCAGCCCAUCGCCAGCUCUUACCAACAACUGUCUCACAGCUGGAGCCUCCGGGUCGGUGGGAACGUGACCCCCAGCCAUGCUCCCUUGUCUCCGAAGCUCUAUCAGAGCACUCCACCCUCACUGCUAUGUGGACUGGGUCCAGGCAAGAAGCGUCCUUCUUUUGAAUUUCCACCAGGGGGCAGCGGAGGGCUAAGUGACAGCAGGCCCAAGUGGGUAUUGGGAAACUUAGAGUUUGAAGACAGGUGGAGAAUCAAUGGUGGCUCGGGUGCAGCUUCACCUGCAGGUUACCGCCUCUCACACAGCUCUAUGCCUCACCUCUGGGGGGCACCGUGGAGGGACAGGACACCCUGUGAGUCGUCUGGACCGUCCUGUCCUAGCUCUCCCACUGUGCUCUGGGCUCGCGAGUCCUACCGCCUGCCCGGCCAGGACGAGUCCAUGGAGGAGGAGGAAGAAGAGGAGGAGGAGGAGUUAAACCAUGACGAGGCACAUAGCAUCUCCCGGACCUCCAGCCACGUCUUGCUCUUGUCUGUCCCUCAGAGCGAGAGGGGCCAGCAGCUGGGGAUUGUGAACCCUGCGUUCUCGGGCGACAGUGAAUUAGCCAGGCCCAGGCGAAGCCGCUUCGGCAAAAAGUGGCCGUUUGGUGCUGUAGAGAGAGAACUGCAGCACACCCGCUCUCUCUCCGCUAGCAUUGAGACCAUGGCCAUGCCAGCAGCAGGGGUACCAGGGCACAGCACCAUGAGGGAAGACACACCGCCCCCUACAGGGAAAGAGGAGAAAGAGCUGUCCAGAACCUUAGAAGGGAAGCACUCAUUUGGAAGAAAAUUUGUAAAAAUCAAGGCAGGAGAAGCAAAAAAUGUCAGAAAGAAUGUACAUGUUCUGGACUCUGGCCGGAAGAGCAGGAGCAAGGGGAAGGGCCUGGCAGGACGCAGGUUUCAAUCAUCCGUCAGUCUGUCACAGCUAAAUUUUGAUCAAGUGGAUUUCUUGCAGAAAUCGGUCACGCUUGCUCAGAAUCCCUGGAGUCCUAGCCAAUCAGCUUGGAGCAGUUGGGCCCGGUCUGUCAGCGGCAGGUCCUCAGCACAGAGUUGGGUGACGGGCGAGAUGAGAGGCACCGUGUUUAAAUCCACUGAAGAUUUGGACCCACACUACUCAGCUAUGGAGAGAAACAACCUGAUGAGAUUAGCACACACAAUACCAUUCACACCAGUCUCCUUACUGGGAGGAGAGGAGGUGUGUAUCUACACUCUGGAGGAGUCCGAUUCUGAGUGCACCCUGUCCAGCAGCUCCUCUUGGUGUCAGAGAGGGCGCACGGCCAUGCUGCAGCCCCUCGCCCACCAGGAGACCCUGGACGGGGGUCUGCGCAGGGCCCUUAGGGUGAUAUGUACCUGGGCUGAGGGAGACGUGCUCAAACCAGGCUGUGUGUACGUGGUGAAGUCCUUCCGGCCUGAGGUGGUCCACACGUGGCAGACGGAGUUCCCCAGCAGCACCUCUCUUCAUCUCUGUUUGAGGGAAAUCCAGCAGCAGAGAGCAGCCCAAAAGCUGAUGCAGGUUUUCAACCAGAUCAAGCCCAGCAGUGUCCCUCACUCCCCCAGAUUCCUGGACGUGUCCCUGCUGUGGUGGCAGGCUGAAGGCCAGUGGCUGACCAUCGAGGGGAACAUGAGUGGGGACUUUAUGAAGUACAACAAUAACACCGGAGAAGAAAUCUCACCCUGUUGUGCGCUGGAGGAGACGGUGCUGGCUUUCUCCCACUGGACUUACGAGUAUACGCAGAAAGAGCUGCUAGUCCUCGACCUGCAAGGUGUGGGUGUGGACCUGACUGACCCAUCUGUGAUCAGGGCAGAUGAUAAAAGCUCAUCUGAAGAUCUGGUGUUUGGGCCAGCCAAUCUAGGGGACGAUGCAAUCCAGAGAUUCAUUUUCAAACACACCUGCAACUCGUGCUGCCGAAGACUGGGCCUUUCAAAUUUGCGAGAGGGAAACGAUCUUCAGGAGUCCGAUUCAGCCUCGGAGGAGGAAAUAAGCAGGGUGUGACCUCUGACCCACACGUGUUUUUACUGGUAUGUUCUAGCUGGGUUGGACCCCCAUUCUGAUGCUGCUACUGGAGAACAAAAGGCGGGUAUCAUGGCAAUGGACAAUUUCAGAUAACCAACCCACAAUGUCUCCUUUACAUUACAUGAUCUUUGCUGAUGGUCCAAGCUCCCAGCAUUCAAAGGGAGAUAAGCUUCUGUUGAAUGUCCAUUCUUUAAAUUAAUAUCCUGUUAAUUGAAAGCAAUAGUUUGUUUCCUCCUUACCCCAAAUGUAGUCCAUCAGGCCGGACAUGUUUAGUGUCUGAAGUUUAUUUCUAUAGCUUAGCACUGGAGCUACAAGGCUAACAAGUAAUAGAAGCAGUUAACUCACCAAUUAGCUUCAUACUUUUGUCCAUAGCGAAUUGGCGUUCAAUCCCCAGCGUUCGACAGCAUAACUGGCCAUAACUGAGUAAGUAGAAUCAUCCAUUAUUCAGUGCUAUGCUAGCCAACAUGGCCGUCUGUUGGGUGACGUAACAGAUUUAGCCAUUAGCCAUUUCCACCAAGUGUGUUUAGCUGUCCAAUGAUGUUGCGCCAGCGGCAGUUUGAAAAGAUAUGGUGGAGCUUCGCAUGACUUUGAGGAAGCACAUGCUAACAUAGCCCUCCCUUCUUGGUAGCAAUGCUUGUUAGGUGGAGACCUUGCUAGCGGGAGCUGGCCACAACAAAAUUGGCCAAAAUCAGCCUUAAAACCAUUAAAACCAUUAAAACCACCUCCUUGUUUCUACACCCAUUGUCCAUUUUAUCAGCUCCACUCACUGUCCACCUUGUCUGUGACAGUAGCUCAUCUCUCCUGCUCUGUGGUGGUCCUGAUGGGUCCUGACCAUUGAAGAACAGGGUGAACAGGGUUGUGGUUGGUAUAGUGUAGUGGGUAACACCUCUGCCUUCUAU